AUGUUUCGUUCAUCACCAAAGUUUCAAGGACGUGAUAAAAGCAAGGUUAAGAAAAAAUGGCGACUGUUCCAUGCCACGGAUUUUCAAUCGCUGAUGCUCCCCUGCUUCACCUUCUGCCGUAUACUCGGAAUAUUUCCAUACAAAAGCAACUGUUCGAAUUUUGAAGCUUCCAAGCCUCGUUAUAUUCUGUCAUCCAUCGUUUUUGGCGUUCAAUGUAUUUACUUCGCAGAAAAACUUUACCGAAGGGAUAUUAUGAAAAUGAUUCAGUAUGAUGGCGUACCCGAUGUUCUUCAGAGUUACAACUUUAUCAUAAUCAGUGGUUUUAUAACAAUUAUAACAUACAUUCUGAGUGGUCCGCGAAUGCGUUCGCUGCAAACCGUGAUGGAGGUCUCUUCAGCACUGCCUCCGAAGACAUAUGAUAGACUUUCUAAAAUUCUUCACGCCAAAGACAUGAUUGGUUUCUUUUUCCUGUUUGGGCAAAUAGUAAACUGUCGAGAUGUCACCGUUCUAGGCAUCAUAUUUAAACUUUUCGCACUGUACAGUGUACUGCUGAUAUUUCAGAUGGACAUGCUGUACAUGAAUUGCGUUUGCGUGCUAAAAGCUUGUUUUCAGAGAAUCAACGACAAUCUUACAAAUCUGCGGAAACUCGUGAUAAACAAUGAAUCGCAUCGCUUCAUGCAUGUUUAUCGCCAGCGUGCGAAUUCGUUUCUUCUAGUGGAACUCAAAAUGCUGCAAAAGUGGCAUUUAAUGAUCAGCGACACAGUGCAGAUGUUAAACGUGAUUUUUACUCCGCAGCUUCUCGCUAGCAUAAUCAUGACUUUCGCCGAGAUUACUUUCAGUUUGUAUUUUUACAUAGUAGAAUUCCGCGAAAAGGUAUCAAUUGUCAAUCUGAACAAACAGAUUUGGUACUCGUACAUAACCACGCCCGUAACGUAUUAUUUUAUAAAGUUAGCGUUAAUAGUCUGGUCCUGUGAAACCGGUAAAACUGAGGCCUUGAAGAUCGGUACUACUGUCCACGACGUGCUUGUCAGCACUACGGACAAGCAAGUCAAAGAAGAGUUACAGCUGUUUUCGCUGCAAGUACUACAUCGCGAUAAUACAUUCUGCGCAAAAGGUCUUACUAUAGAUAUGACGUUUCUUACUGCGAUAGUGGGCAGUAUCACGACAUAUCUGUUAAUCUUGGUACAGUUUAUGGACGUAGCGAAUAACUGCGAUGGAGAAUUAUCAGGCAAUGUUACACAAAUAUUCGAAGUAGAAGAAUACAACUAA